AAUAUCUAGUUCCAUUAAAGUAAAUUUUCAUUAGUUAUUAUUAGCGACAAAAUUUGAUCCAUCGCUAUUGUCGUCGCAAAAAUUCCGUCUAAAAGACGGAUUAUUCGAACGAUUAGGGCAACAACUCACUUUCUCUCCUCUCUAUCAGACUCCUUCACUCCUUCAACAAUGUGAUUUUUUUUCUUUAAAUACAAAAAUCGGGCGUGAAUCUAGGAUUAUUGUAUGAAAAUUAGAUCAAAAUUGCAAGAUUUUUGCUGCAUAACUCUGAAAUUCGAAGUCGUAUGUUGCUGCUCCGUAAGAUUCUCAGGCGAAAAGGUCGACAAGAAUUUAUGUGGUAAAAGUUCUCAUAAAGAUUCAGUUUUUAUUAGUCUUCGUGCUUGAUCCAAAAGGCAUUUCAGGGUCUGGUGAGUUCUCAUGUCCUUGUUCUGUUGAUUGUGCUUUUUCUAUUGCAUUGGUUUAAUUUAAUAAUUAUAAAUUACAUUUUGGGGCAUUGUAAUUAGUAUCAUUUUUGACUUAUAUAAUCCUCAAUAUAUAUCAUUUCAUUUGUGUAUUUGAGGUUCUUAUUUUGGUCAAAGAAAGGAACUGAGCAUUCCAAGAUUUGUUUUCAUUCCAAGAUUGUGGUAUUAGUAUUCUCAUCUUAUUCUAAUGUCAACUUGUUAUUCUUUUUAGAAAGCAUUCUGAUGUCUUAUUAAAUAAAGAACUCUAAGAUCUUGUUUAUUUUAAUAGUAAAUAGGAACAUGGACAAUCUAAAACGUGAUUGGAUGUACAAAAGGUUGGAUGGCCGAGGGGUUAUUAAUUCAUGUUUCAUAACUGGUGUGAACAAAUUUCUCCAGUUUGCUUGUUCUCAGCACAAUCGCAUGAGUGAUGACAAUGUUAGAUGUCCAUGUAAAAAUGUCACAACAUUAAAUACUUGGAUGCUGAAACUGUUAAAUUACACAUUUAUCAAUAUGAAUUUGUUGAGAACUAUUUUCUUUAGAAGUAUCAAGGAGAAAAAAAUGUGAUCGGUGAGAUGUCUUCUAGUGGUGAUUUGCAUGGUGGCGCUCAACCUGAAUCUGGAUAUGAGAAUCCAUAUCGACAAAUGGUCUUGGAUGCAGCUGGACCUAAUUUUGGCCAUGGUUUGAGCUAGCAGUCGUAUAAUAAUACUGAACCUGAGUUGUCUCAUUCUUAUGAACUUCAAUGCCGGCAGAGCCUAAUCCUUCAAUGGAGGAGGAGCCAAAUCUUGAGUGCCAAAGGUUUUAUGAUUUGUUACAGGCCGUUGAUGCAAAAUAAUACCCUGGUUCUUCCCUCUCUCAACUCACAGUGAUUUCUAGGAUGCUAAAUAUAUACUUUAUCACAAAGAGGUUAUAACAAAAUGAUGCAAUUGAUGAAAGAGGCUUUACCAGAAGAUAACACAAUGCUUGAUAACUAUUACGAGACCAAGAAGCUAGUGCGUAGCUUGGGUUUGCUAAUUGAAAAGAUUGAUUGUUGUAAUUUUGGAUGUAUGUUGUAUUGGGGUGAAGAUGAGGACCUCACAUCUUGCAUGUUUUGUGGCCACCAGAGGUACAAACGUUGUGUCGGUUCUCGUAAGAGGAAAUUAAUCCCUUACAAAAAAAUGUAUUAUUUUCCUUUGAUUCCUAGAUUGCGGAGAUUAUAUGCAUGUCAUGCUACAACCACUGAUAUGAAAUAACAUCAUGAGCACAUACAAGAGGAGGGCGUAAUGCGUCAUCCAUCAGACUCUAAGGCUUGGAAGCAUUUCAAUAAAACUCAUCCCUUUUUUGCUGCUGAACCAAGAAAUGUGAGGUUUGGAUUAUGUACUGAUGGUUUUCAACCCUUUGGUCAUUCAGGGAGGAAAUACUCAUCAUGGCCAGUGAUUGUCACUCCAUACAAUUUUCCUCCAGGGAUGUGUAUGAAAGAGGUGUACAUGUUCUUAACUGUCAUUGUUCCAGGGCCAAACAACCGUAAACAAAAAAUUGAUGUUUAUCUACAACCUUUAAUAAAGGAAUUAACCUUGUUGUGGGAGACGGGUGUAGAAGCAUUUGACAUCUCAAAAAAACAAAAUUUUCAAUUAAGGGCCGCUUUGAUGUGGACAAUCAAUGACUUUCCAGCAUAUUCUAUGUUAUCUGGAUGGAGUACUGCCGGUAACUUAGCAUGUCCUUAUUGUAUGGAGGAAGCACAAUCCUUCAGAUUAUGUCAUGGUGGGAAAACAACUUGGUUUGACAGUCAUAGAAUAUUUCCUGACCAUAAUCAUCCAUUUAGGAGAGAUCGUAAAAACUUUCAUAAAGGUCAGUCUAUCAGAAGGCUACCACCACCCCUUAGAACAGGAGAAGAAAUCUUGAAGCAAAUUUGUGAGUUGGGACUGAGAAAUGUAACUGAUCUAGAUGCAGAAGAAGUUAAUGGGAGAAUUUGUAGGUGUUAUGGAUGGAAAAAGAGAAGCAUCUUUUGGGAUUUGCCUUAUUGGAGCUCUAACAUGAUCCACCAUAAUCUCGAUGUCAUGCAUAUUGAGAAGAACAUCUUUGAUAAUGUAUUUAACACAAAUCUUAACGUUGAUGGCAAAAUAAAAGCCAAUACAAAGGCACAUGAAGAUAUGGUAAACUAUUGCGAUCGACCGCAAUUGGCAAAGAAUCCUAUUGAUGGAAACUAUCCCAAAGCUGCAUAUACAAUAGAGAAGAUUCAAAAAAUUUCCUUGUUCAAUUG